AUGUCAGAAACAAAAAAACUUGGUGAGCUUGUAGUCGUCGCCAUCAGGGCUAAAAACUUAGCUACUCGCGAUGUUAUCGGAAAAGGAGAUCCGUUCGUUACUUUUCGUAUAAAUGAAGAAGCAAAAAGAAUAAAGGCAGAAAAAAGGGGUGGACAACAUCCUGAAUGGGAUGAAGAAGUACGUUUUGACCUUUUGGAUAUUCCAAACAGCAAGAGAAUGAAAAUUCAGGUGUUUAAUGAAGAUAAACGAGACCCUAUCCUCAUUGGUGACUCUUUAAUAGAUUUAUCUCAAGUUUUAGAAAAGGGAGAGUGGGAUGAUUGGCACGAAAUUAAAUAUCGUAACAAUGCAACACCUUACCCUCCUGUUGCGACGAAUCAACCACCUUUGUCAGCUCCAUCUGCUGUUGGAUAUCCUCCUCUAAACGUUUACCCUUCCCAGGGCAGUACAUCUCCUCCCCCAUCUCAACCACCACAAUUCUUUGGUCCUCAACGAACGCAAUCGCCUGUUUCUUCUCAAUAUCCACCAGUGUCAACUUCGGUAUAUCCGCCACAAGCAUCACAAGUACAAAAUAUAUAUCCAACACAACCACAAGGAUAUCCUCAAAUGGGAAGAGCUCCUCCUGAUAGUGGUGGUAAUCUAGCCUUUCCAUUACCUGUUCCAACCCCUAAUAUAGCAUCACCAUUUGGAGGGCCAUAUCCUUCAUAUAAUGCUUAUCCUGCUUCACCGCCGCAACCUCCUACAUCUGGCGGUUAUCAACAACCUCCUUAUCCACCUAAUAAUAUUUAUCCUCCGCCAACUGGAGGAAACAUAUAUCCACCUCCACAAAACACUUAUAGUCAAGGUUAUCCCUAUCCACCUAAUUCCUAUCCGCCAAAUGGUCCUUACUAA